AUGUACAUCGGCGCAGGUCGCAAUCUCAAGGAACACCAUUCUGUAGGGAGCAAGUUAGGGAAGAAGGUGUUUGGCAUGUUUAGGAAAGACAACGAGCCAACGGAGAAAUCAGCUAAUGAUUCAUUUGUGCGAGUAUUUUUAGACGACCAUAAACUGCUCGACAGCCGCACGAUUGAGAAUUCGAACGACCCCGGCUGGUAUCAAAACUUCAACAUACCU